AUGAUCGCAGUAAUAGAUACGAACAUUAUCAUCCAGAGAAAAUUAUCUGAAUACGAGUUUGAAAAAGGCUUUAUUACACCAGCAGUUCUGGUAGAGGUGCGCGGUGAGGACCUUAAUAACUACUUAGACCUGUACACACAUAAAAUAGAAUUGGUACAACCCGAUGAAUUAUACCUAGAGAAAGUGUACGGUUUGCAAAAAGAAAAGAAUUUGCUCCUUAGUAAGGCUGAUAUGGAGGUGGUUGCUCUUACUUUGCAGUUGAACGAAUCGUUUGAACGAGAGAGGUUGAAUGGUUGGAUAACGAGAGAGAAUAUCAAUGAAAGAGUAGAAUGUCUAUCACUGGACAACGGAGUACAGCAGUGUUUGAGGUUGUUUAAGCGUACCGAUGGAGGAGCUGUAGAUGAACGCAAUUUUAUGUUCAGAUGUGUGUCAUGUUUUACCUUGUUUGAUAACAAGCUAGAUUUUUGUAAGAGAUGUGCAUCGCAUUUGAUCAGUAGGGUGUCAGUGAAGAAGGAGAAUGGGAAGAUCAAAGUAUUUUUGAAGAAGGGAUUUAGGCUGAAGAAACCUCUGCUGAAAGAUAAGUAUGGAAAUUUACUGCGCUCAGAAGACCAGAAUGCAUAUAAGAGGCACGUCAAAGAAAGAAACAAGACGAUGCAAAACUGAUAAGCAUAUGCCCGGCAAUACCGUGCAUACCAAAC